CGCUUUCAAACACCUUGUCCACCUUCUACGUAUUGCCAGUCGUAUCUUUUGACUUAUCCAGCAAGUCGCAGAAUGAUAGAAUGCCGCCACAGACGCCAAAGUAGAUCGCCUGGGCAGCAACAUAGCUGUAAUGAAUCCACUAUUAGCUUUAAAAGUCUUUGGUCUAAUAUUGGAAGAGGAUUCAGAUGCACCUUGUUUGGCAUGGAUCUUAUCUACCAAGCAACAUAUCGACCUGUGCCCAUAUCUGUGUUUUUCAUUCCCCAAGAUCACCACGACUUCUGUCGUCUGCCCAAGUGCUACGCUGCUUUGACCACCAUGCGGUCCUUGGUUUUGCCAAACGCUGAUCGCUGCUUUGUAUUACUUCUAUUGUCAGCUCACUCCAUCGCGUCCAUCAUGUCAUUAAAGUGGCUAAAACCGCUGCAGAAAGACGCCAAGCUGGAAAGUAGCCCACCUGCUGCGGUCAGCAUCAAUAUUACUGUCUCGAAGGUGAUAUGCAUGUGCCCUUUUGGUAUCGCUUCGAAUGGAUCUAGAGGAAGCUGUCAAAAGUCUCACAUUCUUCUUGACAUUUUCAAAUAUUUUAAACAUUCUUCCAUUCCCCUUUGCUCUCUCUCAGCGCCUUAUCAGACAUGAACUUUCUCACGAACUGUGUAUUUAUUGACGAGUCUGCUUUCGAUAUUAAUAUGAAACGGUCAAGAGCAUGGUCCACAAAAAAUACUAAUGCUAUUGUUACUUGGUGGCCUACUACCAGAGCAAACACAGCGUCUAGUUUGGACGCCAUCUCUGCCGCAGGUUUGGUUACACUCGGUGUAAAGAAACCAAGACCUACCAAGAAGAG